GAGGUCGCAACAGUCUGAACUGUUUAAAUCAACUCUUAGGUUAGAUGAUAAGUUUUCAAGUUCUUGGUACGUUUUAUCAAUAAACAAUCAACAAAGUUUUGUUUAAACAAACAAUUUUAACUGAUGUACUUAUGAGAAUAUUCAUAAACAAAAUAAUUACGUAAUUGUAUGGAUUAAUUAAGUGUUUUUUAUAACUGACAUUAAUCAAUGCUCCAAAAGAAUUGACAGAAUUUUUUGUGUUAAAAUUAAUAAUAAAUAUUAUCAUAUCUAAUUGAAAUGGAUAUUAGAUUAGUUAUACAUCAUCGUAAAUCAAUUUAUGAUGAUUUAAUAGUCAAUCAUGAGUACGUAGCAGAUUUUAAAACAAUAAAUAAAUAUAAGAUGAUUGAUAAUGGAAAUAAAGAUCAAGUAGACAUUAAUAAGAAGUUUAAACUCAAAAUCACUCCAGUUUUUAUAAAUAAACGAGGAUUUAAUGGAUACUUAGCUUCAGCUUAUGUAUUUUUAUUGAAAACAUCAGAUGUUUAUCGUCAAUCUGCUAUUAAGUUAUUGAAAUAUUUGAUAUUAAGUCGAAUGGAGAAUGAUGUUGGUCGAGAUUCUGAUGCUUUUGUGAUUUUCAUCAACCUGAUAAUGCCUAAGAAACAAUUCUUAGAUUAUAAAUGGAAUAGAAUUAUCACAGUGUUGGCAUUGGAAAGAAGAGAAUUAAAUUAUGCCAUGUCUUGGUUGUCAACUCUUGGUGGUGCAUUUUCAGCAAUGGGGGAACAAUUUGAUUCUUGUGCUAAAGUAGCUGGAAAGAUUUCUAUGCAUCAAUUUAAGCUAGCAUUACGUUUAAAUGACCCACUACUCAUAGCUCGUUGCCGAUUGUAUGCAUGCCUGAGUUUGAUUCAACAGAAUAAAUUAAAAUUACCUAGAACUGAAAUCCCAAGAAUAUAUGAAUUCGCAAAAUUAAACGAAGAUAAACAGCUUAAGAGGAUGUGCCAGGGAGUUUGGGCAAAGUUCAAAUACAGUUACUAUCUAGAAAAAAAGAAGAAAAAAAAUAAAAAAUAAUUUUGUAUUGAUGAACAAUUAUUGUAAAUAGAUUAUUUAAAAAUACAUUUGUUCAAUU